CUUUCUUAACUUUGUUGGGUUGUUCGAUGCCAUGGCUUCAACUGCAACUCCCGUCCCUGCUAGCGACGAGUACUACAACCUGGGCACGUUCGGCCACACCAUCACCACCACCAGCUCCGACGCCCAGACCUGGUUCAACCGCGGUCUGACAUGGGUGUACUCAUUCAACCAUGUAGAAGGUGCCUACUGCUUCGAACAGGCCAUUCUACACGACCCUGAAUGCCCAAUGGCGUACUGGGGUCUUGCAUAUGCCGUUGGCCCGAACUACAACAAGCCCUGGGAGAAGUUCGAUCUGGGCGACCUGCACAAAUCAGUGCAGCGCGGAUACGACGCCGCGCAGUCUGCGAAGAAAUACGCAGACAAGGCAACGCCGCUUGAGAGAGCGCUGGUCGGCGCGAUACAGGCCCGUUUCCCGACAAAUGAACCUGCCGGGGACUAUGCCGCCGUUAAUAAGGGCUACGCCGAUGCGAUGAAGCCUGUAUAUGAAGAGUUUGGGAGGGACCUAGAUGUCGCAGCUUUAUAUGCGGAUUCCUUGAUGAAUAUGACCCCCUGGGCCUUGUGGGACUUGUUCACAGGCAAGCCGAACCCCAAGGCGCCUACAAUGCAGGUCAAGGCCGUGUUGGAGCGCGCGCUCUCGCAAGAAGAGGAUGGCGCAACUCGCAACCCGGGACUGCUACACCUGUACAUCCACUUUAUUGAGAUGUCGCCUCAUCCUGAGAUGGGUAUCAACGCUGCUGACCACCUGCGCGACCUUGUGCCUGACGCAGGGCAUAUCCACCACAUGCCGACACACCUGGACAUCCUCAUCGGCGACUGGCGGAGAAGUAUUGCAUCAAACUACAAAUCCACCCUUGCCGAUGAUAAAUUCUUCCAUAAGUCCGGCGCAAAGAACUUCUACACCUUCUAUCGCAUGCACGACUAUCAUUCACUGAUCUACGCCGCCAUGUUCGCAGGCCAAUCCAAGGUCGCCCUAGACGCAGUAUCACGCAUGGAAGCCACAGUCCCCGAGGAAGUCCUCCGGAUCCAAUCCCCGCCCAUGGCCGACUGGCUCGAACAGUUCAUGCCCAUCAGACUGCACGUAAUGGUACGCUUCGGGAUGUGGGAGGAACUCAAGCAAAAGGCGCUCCCGAACGAUCAGACGCUGUACGCUGGCACAACAGCGACAACGCACUACGCGCGCGGCCUCGCAUUCGCAGCGACGGGGGAUAUUGAGACAGCUCGUAAAGAGCAGGAUCUCUUCCGGCAGGCAUGGGCGCGUGUACCUGAGACCCGCCGCGCUUAUAACGGCAAGAUGGUCGAUGUGCUGCAGGUUGCGAAUGCCAUGCUGGAGGGCGAGAUUGAGUACCGCGUGGCAAACUACGACCAGGCGUUUACCUCGCUGCGUCGCGCGAUUGAUCUCGAGGAUAAACUCCCCUACAGCGAGCCGUGGUCGUGGAUGCAGCCGGUGCGUCAUGCCUAUGCGGCGUUGAUGAUGGAGCAGGGGCACUUGGAGGAAGCGGCGCGGGUUUACCGUGCUGAUCUGGGGAUGGAUAGCUCUGUGAUCCGGCCGCGCAGACACCCGAAUAACGUCUGGUCGCUGCAGGGGUAUCAUGAGUGUUUGGUGAGGUUGGGGAGGGUGGAUGAGGCUGCGGUGAUUGAGCAGCCGGCCAGGUUGGCUCUUGCGGUUGCGGAUGUGCCGAUUAGGGCGUCGUGUUUCUGUCGUUUGGAUACGUCGCAGGCGCCGGUUCUGGGUGGUGCGAAGUGCUGCUGAUGGAUAGCAUACAUGGUUUCAACAAUCAUACUGUAGUAGUCAUAGAAUGGAU